AUGGCUCCCUGGCGGCGCGCAAAGAAGAUCAAGGAUACUACCAUCCACAACGCUGUAUUUGCAAAGGACAUCAACGCCUUAAAGCACCUCCUCACUCGCAAGAGCGUCAAUGUCAACGCCGUGAACGCUAAGGGCGCGACAGCCUUGCACGUUGCCGUCGUUCUGGAAGAUUUGGACGCACUGAGAGCGCUGCUCGCGCACCCCGAUAUCGACCCCAACGCUCAGGAGCCCAACGGCAAAACCGCUCUGCAUCUUGCCGUCUCUGCCGGAAGCCCGUCCGCUAUCGAGGCUCUCCUUGAGCAUCCCCGCACAAAUGUCAAUCUGGCAGACCGGGCCGGCCGAUCACCGCUU